AGUUACAGGAAGGUGGAGGUCGAGGGAGGGCACGCGCACCCCUCCUACUCACCACACACACACAUUAUACAAGUUACCAACUCCUAUAUUACACAGCAGUGCGGUUGAAGCUAUCGGAGAACAUUACUUGCAGUCUUGUGCUUGAAACUGAAUCUUUACGCGCGAAAGAGAGUUCCUUUUUCAUGAGAAACAUUGAGUUAUUGAACGUAAAGUGACAUACGACUGGAGAAAUAAGAUAUGGUGUAUAGAGUGAAGGUGUGAAUGAUCUGACGGGAAAGUGUGGAUCAUUGCCUGGUAGCGUGAGCGUUGAGGUCGCCACGAUGGUGGGAGUGGUGAGGGACCUGGUGGUGCCCAUGAAGGCAGGAGAGGUGAAGGGAGAAGAAGCCGUGUUUACCAUAGUGUGUGAGAUACUAACGACUCCGGUGGUGCAAGAUGAGGCGGGCCAGGCCCAGGUGUCCACGCUAUGGAAGGUGAGGAGCAGCUGUGUGCUGCACCAGGAGCAGCUCCAUACACCUCCCGCCACCUGUCACCACCUGCUUCCUUCCCUCCACCAGGCGGCGCAAAUGGCAUCAGCGUGGCGCGUGAUCUCCUUCUUCCUGGUGGUGUUUGUGCUGCCCACCGUCCUCAUCUCCCUGCCCCUGUAUGCCCGCUACCACCUCUACCAUGCCCGCCACAUGCCCAUGACGGAGACCGACACCCGGGCCCUCAACCAUGCCGUCUCCUCCUUCUGGUGUCAGGGUCAACGGGUGACGAGUAACGGGACGUUGGACGCCUUCCUGGUGGCGGGGACGCCGCAGCUGCUGGAACAACGGCGCCAUGUCACCCUCAAGAGGAACCUGACGCUCCGUCAUGACGACAUAGAGUACUGGGGCGUCUACCUCCUCCAGGGCUCGACCUUUGCCCUCUCCUCCUGCUCCAGGUGGCCCGGCGGUGUGCUGCUGGUGGUGCGCGGCGAAGACAACCUCCGCAAGUGCUUCUACCGAGAACACCGUCUGGAGAACGAGCUGAACGGCGGAACAUCACCAGUUCAAAAUGUGUACAAGAGUCCGCCCGACGUAGAGGAGGAAGAUGGCGGCGAAAUAUCAGAACAACGCCACUGGGAAGACGAGAAUGUUGGCGGUGAAGUGUUUGAUGAUGAUUAUGAAGAGAGAACAAAAGACGGCCAUAGUGAUCUUUCACCACUCGCUCCUAAUGAUAAGAUCAGGCUGCACAAAUAUGACCUGGUUGACAAAGUAGAAGCAAUUACAAAAAGAAAGAACAGGAGGAAUAAGAAGGACAAGAAGGAGAGACACAGUAAGGUUGAGGCUCGUCAUGGCCGCUCCAGGAGGUCUCGGGGUAACGAGCGCCGCCCUCGAAGUGCUCCUCUCUUGCAGGACUCCUCCGUCAGGCACGAGGACCCACUGACCAAACCAUCAAGCAGCGCCAUGGACCUCUUGCACAAGUUUAAUGACACUGUGGAUGUAUUAACAGGCAACUCUUCAUUUUCUAGCAGUGAAGAGUUCUUAGAGCAGUGCCGCGAUGCCAUCUUGAAGGUAGACCUCACUCCCUAUAUUGACUGGGAAAGCCGUAUCAGCAAAAUGGAUGCCACCAACCCCGACUUCUGGAGAUUUAAUGUAAAUUCUUCCGACUAUUACUACUUCAUAUUUACAUCCGACAACUCCAUUGAGCUGAACCACUUGGGUUUCAAUUUACAGUUGGACCGAGCAACCUACGACGUGAGCUCUCCUCUGGAAAGCUGCCGUAACUCUACGGAAUGUGUGUUUUCUUUAGCAUUCACUCAGACGGAGGCUGUGGUGGUGGAGGUUCCUGCAGAGGAGAACCUGCAGGAGCUUCACUCCUUUGAGGUCACCACCACCUGUCAGCCCCGCGUCCCCGUCUACAUGGUGUUCAUCCUACUCGUGCCCUUCAUUAUCUUGCUCUUCGCCUUCCAGUGAACUGUCCCGAUGACAGCCAUGGUAGUAAAAUAAUCAUUGAGUUCUCGUCUAUUACCAAAGGUGUGUACUCUCGGUGAGUAGUUAGUGACGAUGAAUAACUGUAUGAAGCAAACUUCUCUACACGAAAGGUCACCUCUUAAAGACCAGUGAAUAGCGUUAGAGCAGCUUUCACCCGUGUGUGCGCGCGUGUGUACGUGCUCACGAACAAUACAGAGGUGGUCAGCACACAGGACAAGCGUGGUCCUCAUGGGUGACCAGAGUGGCGGAGCGGACACUGAUAACCUUGCUGGUAGUGACCCGUCAUCUCCUCCCAUGUACCCAACGCUUAUACUAGUCAUUGCAUCCCAAAAGACUAACAUGUCGGCUAACAUGAGUACUGCUGUACUCUUGUCAUCAGUAAAACAGAGUAACUGUGGACAACUAAAACUCGUGCUUAACAUGCACAUGUGUAAAUAUUUAGUGUUCCUUGUCUACAAAGUCGUAGUGUACUCUUUCUGUGCGUAAAUAUACUGGAGAAUAUAACAGUGAGCCUGGUCUGGUGAGGCUGUGACGUGCUUGUGGGAGCAUCAUGUGUGUGGCGUCAACCAACUGGGGAUGUCUACGGUUUUUGCAAUGGCAUUAUUGAGCAUAGUGUGUAAACAUGCAGGUUUAUUAUAACUGUGAUUAUUCCUUAAUCGUGUGAGGUGUCGGCCCACAGGUUUCAAGGAAACUUCAUUUGCCAGGAUAGGCUGACAUAGGCUAAAAUGUCAUAGAAUUGUAAGAUGUUUAGAUUACUCUCUUCUUUUUUUAAGAGGAGCAAAGUAUAUUAAAAUAUGAACAUUUUUUUAUUUGAUAAUCAGGGGGUUUUGUUGGCAACAACACAUUAUCACGUCCCUUUGUUUUGGGGAAUGUGUGAGGCCUUAAGGUACACAAUUAUAAGUUGUUUGUUUAGCUGCAGUUUUCUUUUAAUUUGUAUAAUUUUUGUGCUCAUUAAAUGGAAACGAGAGUUGGUGACACUGGUGGGACAUGGAAGCCUCUCUGCUCUGAUGAGGGUUCCUUGUUUGGUGACACUGGUGGGACAUGGAAGCCUCUCUGCUCUGAUGAGGGUUCCUUGUUUGGUGACACUGGUGGGACAUGGAAGCCUCUCUGCUCUGAUGAGGGUUCCUUGUUUGGUGACAAGUUUGGUAAUACAAACACCACUUAACUGCCAACUGCAGAGUCAACAAGUCUAAAGUUGACAACAAAAUUGAUUUAUAAUCAUUAAUACUUUACAGUGUUGUUCAAUGUCAGGCUUUAAACUGCAUUUAUGUUUUAAUAUAA